AUGAGCGCGUCUCCAUCCGAAGGUAUAACAGCCUCUCCGACUCAGUCUCAUCCCCCCGAUCCUCCAGAUCUUCGCCGAUUUGUACACGAAUCUUCCAGGAGGUCCUCACUUGGAGUUGAUCGGAGCCCAACGGUGCCUAACGGGUUAUCAACUCGGUUGACAAGGAUCGAGUUUCUGGGUUUUGAAGGUUCAGAUUUACGAGGUUGGAUCCAACGUUGUGAGCAAUACUUUGAUCUUGAUGGCACCUCAGCAGAGCGCAAAGUGAAGCUAGCUUCGUUGUACAUGACCGGUAAAGCUUCAAAACGGUAUUUCUCUUAUAUGGAUAAUCGAUUUGGGAAUUUUCCAUCCUGGCCAAAAUAUGUUCUUGCUGUGGCUUCUCGCUUUGGUGAUGUGUAUGAUGACCCUUUAGCUGAGCUGGUCAGUGUGAAGCAGGCUGGUGAAUCUACCAUGGUGUAUUUGGAAAAAUUUGAAAAUGCUCUAGCUCGAGUGUCACUUCUUGAUGCUCACUCUUUGAGCAUUUUCCUGAGUAAUAUGGAUCCUCAUCUUGCUAUGCAAGCCCAUAAGUUUGAGGUCAAGACAGUUUCUGCUGCAGCCAGAAUUGCCAAAGUUCAUGAGAAUGAAUUGCUCCACACUCCCAAACUAAAGGAUUGA